CCAGGGAGGUUCAAUCAUUAACCUGCGUCCUCCUGCUGAAUCAGCCCUUCUCAGACACUUCACCGCCCUCCCCCCCUCUCCUCCUUCCCAACACUCCACCAUCCACCCGCUCCGUCCCGGUACGUGAAAAGAGCAGAUAAGCAGCGCGUGGAGUGGGGCGGCCCGGCGUUGCCCAAACAAGCCGCUUUGUGAAAUUGUCGAGUUUUUUCAGCAGGAAUGCAGCGGCAGGUCGAGACCUGAACUUCCGCAUUGAGCAGGAAGAAGUCGACAGGCGAGAGAGACAGAUGCGAUCCGCGCACACACACACACACACACACACACACACACACACACCCUGAUCUGCCCUGAGCGCGUUGAGCUUCAUGAGAGAACAGAGUACGCUGAGGUGGAACCGAUGUCCAUGAAGCUCCAAACUAACUGGUGAAACAAGGAUUAAUACAUUUGACGAGAUGGACGACAUCGACGCCAUGUUCAGCGACCUGCUGGGGGAGAUGGACCUCCUCACCCAGAGUCUCGGAGAGGAAACGGUACCUCCUGCAGCCCCCCGCAGCACCAACAAGGAGGCCAACACUUCCAUGGGCUUCACCAACGAGUCCCUCAAUGAACUCGAGGACACCGAUUUGGAUGCGCUCAUGGCAGAUCUGAUGGCGGAUCUCAGCGCCACGGAGGAGAAAUUCGCAGCCCAACAGGAAGAUCUGAGAGCGUCGUUCCCGCCCCCGCCGGACCUGCCGCCCCCGCCAGCGGGCCUGAGCCCACAUCCGACCUCCGCCCUCGCUUACCCGGCGUCGCCGGCGGGCAGCUACGGCAGCGACGUCAUCACCCCGGCCUCCUCCGGCGCCUCUCCUCUGCCACCUCCGCCCCCUCAGGCCACCAAGCCUACAAAGGAGGAAAUUGAGGCGCAGAUGAAAGCGGAAAAAAUCAAGCUGGCCCUCGAGAAGCUGAAGGAGGCUAAAGUGAAAAAGUUGGUGGUAAAAGUGCUGCUGAAUGACGGCAGCUCCAAGACUCUGAUGGUGGACGAGAGGCAGACGGUCAGAGAAGUUCUGGACAACAUGUUCGAGAAGACUCACUGCGACUGCAACGUGGACUGGAGCCUGUGCGAGACCAACCCGGAGCUCCAACUGGAACGGGCGUUUGAGGACCACGAGAACCUGGUGGAGCCUCUCUCGGCGUGGACGAGGGACAGCGAGAACCACGUCCUCUUUCAGGAGCGGGCCGAGAAAUACGAGGUUUUCAAAAACCCACAGAGCUUCUACCUGUGGAAGAAGAACAGGAGCGAUCUGAAAGACAUGAAAGACAAAGACAAGGAGUUGUUAAUACAGGAGAACUUCUGCGGGACGUCCACUAUCGUGCCGGAUCUCGAGGGAGUGAUGCACCUCAAAGAAGACGGCAAGAAGUCCUGGAAACCGCGACUCUUCCAGCUGAGGGCCUCUGGAAUUUACUACGUGCCCAAAGGGAAAACCAAGUCGUCCCGUGACCUCGUCUGUUUCGUCCAGUUCGACAACCUGAACGUCUACUACGGCAAAGACUUUAAGGGCAAAUACAAAGCCCCGAGCGACUUCUGCUUCCUUCUGAAGGUAAGCGAUCGGCCAUCGGAGAUAUCAACGCAGAACAGAAGAUUUCCACACAGCCGCUCACUUCCCUGCAAAUCACGGAUGCACCCGUGUCGGUUCAAACCUCACGGAGUUUAUUUAUUCUCUCGCAGCCAAGUCCCGAAGCCAGGCCAACGGGCAUGCUGCGAGGCCCAACCAGGGCCCCAACCUGCGGCCCCCUCCCAGGACUUUGGACCCCCCCCACCUCCACCUGUGGCAGAGUUCCUUCCCCCGCCUCCUCCAGAGCCCUUCCUCCCUCCUACACCUCCUCCACCUCCCCCACCUCCUUCUCUGGCGGCCAAGAGGUCUCCGAAACCUGCCGCCCCCCAGCGACACCUGCCGACCAACUUCCCUCCGCCUCCACCCGCCAUGGACCAUCUGCCCCCGCCCCCGCCCCCGCCCAACGACGACGCCUCGGAGCCCCCCCCGGACUUCCUCCCACCCCCUCCUCCUGCCGCUGGCUUUGGAUUUCCUCCUCCGCCACAGUUGAACUCCCCCCCACUGCCGCCUCCCCCCGUGAGCUUCAAGGACGCGAACCAGUGUCUGCCUCCUCCGCCACCCGACCCGGAGUUCUUGCCUCCACCUAAGCCCGUUUUCCCGGGGGGCGGGGCUCCCCCUCCGCCUCCACCACCCCCUCCCACCGCCGCCGCCGCCCCGAGGCCGGCUUUUGGGGCUCCUGGCUCGGUGAAGAAGAGGCCCCCCGCUCCGCCAAAGAGGACAGCUGCACCCUCCGCGGCUGCGGGAGGAGACUUUAUGUCGGAACUGGCGAUGGCCAUGAACAAGAAGCGCGGCGCUCCUUGACGCUCUACGUGCGUCGCGCUGCUCCAACGCCAAGCCGGUGGAGACCAGCAGGGACUUGACCUCCUCCGGAAGGGUCGCCCGGCCCCCUUCUUAUGGAUGACGCCAGCUUGCGUGAUAUAAGCGAGAGGAGGAUUAUUCUCCAAAGCAAACAUCUUGUGUUUAACGAUGCCGAGAAGAAAACAUAAAAAGUAUAAUUCCUUCAUCACUGAUUCGGAGGAUUGUACAUAUUGACAUGUUGGCUGUAAAUACUGUAAACAAAAUGAUCAUAUACAGAGAACCGGAUUAGUCCUCGAAUCAGUUACAAGCUAUGUGGAAGGUGGCAAAAGAUCCUCAUGAAAAUCAAUGUUUGUUGUUUAGUGUUUUCUUCCUGUCGGAGUUCAACCAUCUGAAAUGUAAAAGCACUGAACUAGUUCUGGUGUGUGAGGAACGAUACCGUAUGUGAACCUAGUUCUUAAAAAAAGUAGUACAACCACUGCUGAACAUCUUUGAGUUUAUUUAAUAUUGCAUUACAAACAAGUGAAUUCACCACAAUUUAAAGGCCUUCGUUCCAUGAAGAAGUUGAAUAAAAUGUACCACAAA